GGUGCGCUCUGAGAUCCGCGCGCACAUGGACACUGACGGGCACUUCUUUAACCAGCGCAUGAACGAAAGACGCACGUGAACCGGAAAGCUUAGAAGUUUUGUUUUAAUCUGGGGGCACCAGGAAUUAAAAAUAAAUAGAUAGAUAAAUAAAUAAAUAAAGGAAAGUGAGAAGCGUGGGAGUGUUAGAGCAGAGUUCCACAGCUGGGGAGCACUCGGGCAUGUUCUCAUAAAGUCUACACCUUAUUCAGGGCAGCUGUACUCCCUCUGUGCUUAAGGUUUAAGGAUGGUUGAUAAAGGGCCCUUACUGACCUCGGCUAUCAUCUUCUACCUGUCCAUUGGUGCUGCAAUCUUCCAAGUGCUUGAGGAGCCAAACUGGAAACUGGCAGUGAGUCAAUACGAUAAGCAGAAGGAGAAGAUCCUGAGAGACUACCCUUGCCUCACUAAAGCAGAUCUGGACAGGAUCCUGGAGGUAGUGUCUGAGGCAGCAGGACAAGGAGUCACCAUCACAGGAGACAAAACCUUUAACAAUUGGAACUGGCCAAAUGCUGUCAUAUUUGCUGCUACAGUCAUUACAACCAUUGGUUAUGGCAAUAUUGCCCCCAAAACAUCCUCAGGAAGGGUUUUUUGCAUUUUCUAUGGACUGUUUGGUGUACCACUUUGUCUGACCUGGAUCAGUGAACUUGGCAAGUUUUUUGGUGGAAGAGCAAAACACCUUGGACAAUAUCUUACCAAGCGAGGCAUUUCAUUGAGAAAGGCACAGUUCACCUGCACAGCCAUGUUCCUGGUAUGGGGUGUACUGAUUCAUUUGGUCAUUCCCCCAUUCGUUUUCAUGUCUCAGGAGGGUUGGACCUACAUAGAGGGCUUAUACUUUUCCUUCGUCACUUUGACAACUAUUGGAUUUGGUGAUCUCGUUGCAGGUGUUAAUCCCGAUGCAAACUACCCCACUCUGUAUCGCUACUUUGUGGAGGUGUGGAUAUACCUAGGUUUGGCCUGGCUCUCCCUCUUCUUUAAUUGGAAGGUGCGAAUGGUCAUCGAGGCUCACAAAGCUCUGAAAAAGCGGAGAAAGCGGCACAAGCUUUCAUUGGACAAGUUCCAACACUACAAAGAGACCCAUAAGGCCUUGCCGUUACCACCUGCUGGCAACGAUGUCAACAUUUUCAGCUUUCUGUCCAAGAAACAGGAAGGCUACAAUGACCUCAUCAAACAGAUUGGUACCAAGAAAGGAGGAGGUCAGUGUGCCGGUGCCAUUAGCGCUAAAAGGCAGAAAGAAUUAAUCCGCUCCAAGAGUUGCAACGAUGCUCUCACCAUUAAUGGAAAUGCAAUUCUCAACCUAGAGCAGUCGCCUCGCCAGAAACGCCGAUACAGCUUCAGUGACCGUGUCACGGUGGUCUUCUCCAAAUCCAAAAACUACCUUCUUGGAACAGAAGAGGGUCUGCUCCUGAAUGACAUGCGGGUCGAUGGUGAGUUGGAAAGAACGUAUGAGAAUCAGUUGGAUAAAGAGGCAGGAGAGGACCACAGGAACCUCAGGCCUGGGGGCUGCGGUCCUGGCCGUCACAUGUGGGACUCCAGUGAGUAUCAGCCUGUUAUUUUUCAAAAUGCCAACAUCACCUUUAUUGAUGAGGAGAACCUACUGAACAAUGGCCUGGUGGAUGAGGAUGAAGACAUCAAAGUCAAGCUGUCAACCUCGGAUGAAAACGGCGAGUCUGAGACUGAGUCCAAGGAGGAACAGUGCUCUGAAUCGGAGGGAUCCGUGUUCACAGACAGAUCUGAUCACUCUCAUUUCUAUGAGCAGCUGGUAGAAGAGUACUCCAAGGAAAACAAUACUGAUCCCUGAAGCGUUGACCCAUCAGUUAAUGUUUUGGGUUGGGUUUGUUUGUUUAAAUUAUGGACACUGCCAACUUGACAUUUGUGGGUCUAACUUGAUUAAAAAAAAAACACUGUCAUCCAUUUCAUGAUAUUUAUGCUGCAUAACUUUUGUCGAUGGAGGCUGUGAAAUGCAUCUCAGUCAGUAUUCCACGGUGUAGAUGCAGUAGGUCUUGCAAAAGAACAAGCAGUUGUCUUACUCCAGAACACCCCAAUUGUUGGGGCAUGACCAAAAUGUCCAUUGUCUAAUCUCAAACUCUAUGGACAGGUUUUUAGAAGGGUAAAAUUGACUGCGUGAUAGUUCUUCACUUGUUCUGUGGUUUUAUUUCUAGUUAUAAUUUAUUAAAUUGUGUGUGUGAGCUUUAAGUGUAAUGACAGACAAAAUCAGUUGCAAACUGGUUCAAAGGAUAUGACCGAAAAAAGUGAUUCCUUUUAAGAAUUGCUCCUGGUUCUCACUUUUUUAUUCACCAUAUUGGUGGUUUUACAUCGACAUAAUGCAGGUGGAAUGUGCUUGUCCUUCAUUGUUUUGAACCAUUUUUAUAGGUUUUGGUGUUUAUCACCUAAAUCCCUGAUGUAAUUACCAGUCUCUGUUAUCGUAAAGUCAGAGAGCCAAGACUGCACAUGCUUCAUCCGAACGUGCAAAGUUUUUUGGGUUUUUUUGUAGAUCUUUUAAGGUCCCUGACAUUUCCAGCUUUCCCAUUUUAUUCAUGAAACACUGUGUGAAUGCAGUCAGUCAGUUAGUUGCAACCCGCCUGUCUGCAGACAGCAUAUUGCACUAGACUGAUUUCAAUCUGAGCCAUUUAAAGACAGCUUUGUGUUUUUUGCUGGUGUGCUAUUCAGAACCCAGCCUGAGUCUCUUCCAUGCACUGUGUUGAACUGAUAAUUUAUUAUUAUUAUUAUUAUUAUUAUUAUUAUUAUACUAGUUUAAUUUGAUUGUUAAUAAUUUGAUGAUGGUCCUGGAUUUUUAGGUUGGAACUGCUCAGGCUUAUUUAGCGUGAACAAAAUUAAAUCAUGCAUUUUGACAUUUGUGCUCAUGUACUAUGUUUUGUGCAUGAAAUAGUACAGUUUUUCUUAUUUUUUUGUAUUGUACGGUUUCUUUCUGUCCUUCCUUGACUUGCUGAUCCCGAGACGAUCUCAAUUAUACCCGAUAACUCAGUCUGGUUCUACUAGUUCUGAGGUUUGUUCGAAAUAACUGAACAGUCACUAAUAGUAUUGUAGUGUAUAUAAUGUUAUCUUGAAUUUUUGUGAAGUAUUGUACAAAGAAUGGAAGUGAAGUCAGGUUAGGUUUGGUUUUUUUUUUUUUGUGUGUGUGUGUGUGUGUGUGUGUGUGUGUGUGUGUGUGUGUGUGUGUGUUUCUCCCCAGCAAAGGUUAUGUGAAGUUUAUUGGCUUAUUUUGUCUUAACUUGGUAUUUGUUGUUAUUGCGUAGUGCAACUGUUUAUAUGCUUAGUCUAGACGUGUCUAAAACAAGGACGGACAUGAAGUUGUCGUUUUACUAGGCACUAAUACACAAUGCAAAAACGGUGCAAAACUGUUUUACAUAAACCUCUGACAAACUGUAUUAAUUACUUCUAGUUAUUGGUUUUAAUAUUCCAUUAAGGGUAAUAAACGAGCAUUUUUACUACGUCUUAUCUUAUCGAAGCAUAACAUGGUGGUGAUUUUGUUAAAUAAUACCAUAACCACCUGCUUCUCGCUCAUCUGCACUUGUAGGGUUUAAGCAUGUAACAUUUUUAAGUAAAUGUUUGAUGCUGCAGCCACAAGAAUGUGGGAGGCAAAAUAUAUGGAUAUCCUGUUUGUAAUUCCCUCGACUGGGGAGUGUGUCUCACACAGACCUCUUGCGUCAUGGCGCUAGGCAGCACCAGUGCGAGGAAAACAGCUGGGUUUCCUGUCUUAGAUUAAUUACGCAGUGCACAUCUCUAGGUUAUUUUGUCCUAAUUUGGCCUCCUGUUCCAAUAUUCUUUUUUUUUUGUCAUUAAAAUUUUUAUUUUGUUUUUACAUAGCAAUUACAGAAAGAAGACAUAACAUACAAAAACACAUAUCGGCGGCAGCAACACAGAACAUGACAUAUCUCCCCAAUUAUCCAUUCAUAGGCACAUUAAAGCACAUACAUACUACAUACUCACAAUAAGUAUACAACACACCUCAAGUUCUUUAAGAGUUCACUCCAACACUAUAAUCAAAAUGCACCCAUACAUGGCUAGCUGUUCCAAUAUUCUUUAUGUUCGGUAAUAGUCUGGAAUAAUCUAAUGAUAUGUGUUUAGUACACUGCCUUUAUAUAUAUAUAUAUUAAUUGAUGUCCGUGUGCCAAAUCCUGUAAGUCAGUAUUCUGUGGAUGUGUAUUUGAGUACAGCAGUCCUCUAGUGAUCUAGUGAACUGCAAUGAAAUUGUCGGAUUACACAUCCACUUAGGUGUGUUUGGAUUAAUUAUCAGUGGUUUGUUUGUUUUUUUUCUUCUUCAAUGCAGUUCUGGCGGCACGGUGGUGUAGUGGUUAGCGCUGUCGCCUCACAGCAAGAAGGUCCGGGUUUGAGCCCCGUGGCCGGCGAGGGCCUUUCUGUGCGGAGUUUGCAUGUUCUCCCCGUGUCCGCAUGGGUUUCCUCCGGGUGCUCCGGUUUCCCCCACAGUCCAAAGACAUGCAGGUUAGGUUAA